AUGAUUCGAACUUCUUCGAUGGUAAAUCUUUUAAACGAUGAUGAUUGGAAACUUACUUUUACAGAACCCGGACUUCCAAAGAAAAAGAGUCAAUUCCAAGCCGCACCCGAAAAUUUCUAUUCACAAUCAGCAAUUGCACCGAAUUCAACUAAAUUAUUUUAUUUCACACACUUUAACAAAUGGAGGAGACUAUGGGAAUACAUUCUUUUAAUUGUUUCUGCUUUUCCAUUUUUCGAAAUAUCAUUUAUCUCAAUUUUUUGUCCUCAUGUUAGCAUGCUUAGAUUCUCUCCACUCUUUAUAUUUGAUAUCAUAUUUGGAAUUGAUAUUUUUAUCUCAUCUCGCACAGCAUAUCUUUCACAAGGUGUUUCUGUUACGGAUCCUGAUAGAAUAUUUAGACGAUAUGGUAAAGUUUGGUUUGUAUUUCAAAUAAUCGCUACAAUUCCACUUAAUUGGAUUGGAGUUCUUAAAGGAAAUCGAUAUUUAUACUUAGCUUUAUCAAUCAACAAAGUAAUUCGCCUCAGAAGAGCAUUUACAGCUGCCGAAUACCUACUUAAAUUCCUAAUGUACCAUAAUUGGAAAUCUAUAAUGUUUCCUUUUUGUUUAUUACUUUUAUGCUUUGCACAUUUCUUCGCCUGCUUAUUUUACAUCUGUGCCGUAUUCGAGGAUACAAUGGAAUCAUGGAUAGGCAUGUCUGGCUGGGAUUAUUUGUCUCCUCCUCAAUUAUACGUUGUCAGCGUUUAUUUCGUCAUGACAACAAUCCUUACUAUUGGUUACGGUGAUCUAACUCCGAAGACAUCACCAGAGACCAUUUUGGUCAUAUUUAUACAGCUUUUGGGCGUUUUAGUCAACGCAUACAUUUUAUCUAUCAUGGUUUCGAUUCUUAUUGAUCCAAUUGGUAAUGAAUUCAUUCAGAGAUUCAUUAGUCUCUCUGAUUACAUGCAUUUUAAGCAUGUUCCACCAAAUGUCAGAACAGAUAUUAAACAAUUUCUUCAAAUGAAGUGGCAAACUAACCAUGGAACGGAGGACCCUGAAAAUGUAUAUAAGUUCAUACCAGAAACAGUAAGAGAUAACAUAAAAAGAGAUAUUUGCAGAAAAUGUUUCUCAAAAGUCUCAAUUUUGAGAAUGGCGUCCGAAUCUCUGCUAACAGAAAUGGCCAAUUUACUAAGAGAUAUCAGUUUCUCACCCGGAGAAGUCAUUGUAAAGCAAAAUGUGAUGACUCAUGACAUGAUAUUAUUAAAUAACGGAAUAAUUGAUAUAUAUGCUGAUGGUAGCCUUGUAGCAUCCAGUGCUUGCGACGAUGGCCUUGUUCUUGGCGAACAAGAAUUAUUUGUUGAUACACCUCGAGCUGCGACUGUUAUUGCAGUUACAUAUGUUGAAGGAUGGAUAAUUACUCGUGAUUUCCUUAUCCAAUGCCUUGCUCAUCGUCACGAACUCAAAAAAGAUUUAUUAGACUCUGCUUUAGUUUGUUUCCCAGCCAAAUACAAGGAAAUCAGGAAACUUCUCUCCGGAGAAAACAUUAGAGCUACUGUUGAAAGAAAUAAGGCCAAACAAAGAGAAAUGAUUCAAAGAAUUCUUAGGAACCAUAGAGAUCAAAACAACACUGAUGAUGAUUCUUCAUCAGACUCAAACCAUCUUGGUAUUUAA